CUUCCUUCCUUCCUUCCUUCCUUCCUUUCUUGUCCUUGGAAAACACUCAGCUUUCUCAGGUUCUGUGCUCAUGGAUCAUUCUUGUGUGUGUUUGGGGUACCAUAUGAAGUGUCCAGGAUAGAAACAGGCUUGGCUGUGUGCAAAGCAAAUGCCUUACCUUGUACUAUUACUCCAGCCCAUUCCCGGCCUCAUGUAACCAAAUAUUUCAGUUAUAAUAUUUGGUUAUAGUUUAAAAUAUCAUCGCAGUCCCUAUGAUUUAAAGGGCAGGCCGCUGUGAGCACUCAUUCUUAAAUGCAGAAGGUAUUGUGGUCAUUAUUAAUAUAGCAAAUAAUAAUAGUAACAGCCAUUUAUUGCUCUCUGCAUUUAUUCAAUGUGCAGUGAUAAAUGUCUUGCACACCCUAAUUCAUUUAGGCUGCCCAGAGAUGUUACUGAUUACUCACCAUAGCUGAGAAGUUGGGGCUUCAGAAGGAAGCACCAGUCCAUGUUGUGGCACAGCUGAUAAGAGAGAGACUGAAGCCCCAGCCGGUCCAGCCAAAGACCUUCUUGUGGGCAUUGGCUUUAGCUUCAAGUCAGCUUUUUUGGGAAUGCUUUGGGACAGUCAUGAUCUCACUUCCCCAGGAACUGGGUCUCUAGCAUCAGAAGCAAGGAGAAGGGUCUUCUUUGAGUUUCCUGGAUGGUCAGGCGAGUUUCUUGGGAACAGGUGCAUCCUCCCAACUCCCUCGAGUGUGAGAUGCCUUUCCCGGUGACACUGACUUCCAAACCCAGCCCCAGCUCAUAAACAUUCCUUGGCCUCCUCCCAAGUCCAGGGCAUGCAGUUGGCAAUUGUGCAGGGUGUACCAGAUCGUGGGGCAGGAAGGCAGCUGUUGGCAGCCUUGCGUAAGCCGGGCACGUGGGAGGGCACUGGGAUUCUUGUCAAGCCUUCAAGGAGAAACCAUUUAGCUCUCUGGUGAGGCCAAACCCGCCCCCCCGCAUCCCUAGCUUGCUGGGGGGUGGGCAGCAGGAGAGCCCUUGGGGCCGCCUACUAAAUGACCUCCAUUCUGCAGUCAGCUGAUUUCAAAGCCAGGCGCUGCUGGGAAAAUAAAGGUAGACCCAUCUCUCAAAAAGCAGAAAAACAGUUAAGGAACUCAGCACUGGCCAGAGAGAUAGUGUGGCGGGUAAGGGGCUUCCCUUGCACACAGCUGAACCCAGUUUGAUCCCCAGCUCCACAUAUGGUCCCCUGCAUACCUCUAGGAGUGAUCCCUGAGCACAGAGCCAUGAGCGAGCCCCGAGCACAGCCAGGAGUGGCCCCCAAACAAAACACAUCAGCAACCAAACAUGCACUCAGAAUUGCUUUUAUCCAGCAUGGUGCCUUUGGGCAAGUGGAGAAAAAUACCUUCUCCAAACACCCGCUGCCACCUGUCAGGUAAGCAUCCUGGUGCAAGUGUGUCAUCCUCCUGGCAGGAGUGGACAGUGCUCCUGCAUUUGUGCAGUGACUUCUGGCAGAGCUCAAAUGACUCUCCCCUCCUCCUCCCUUCCCUGCCUGCAAACCCGCCCUCACUCCUUCUACAGGCUUGCAAUGUUUACAGGCCUCUAAGUUCUUUUCUCUCCCCUCCAAGAUGGGGACCAGAUGAAACAGUCCAUCUGUCAAAGGCUUUGGUUUUUUCAUUUGAUAUUUUUUUUGUUUUAUUUUGCUUGGGCACUGUACUCUGCAUGCUCAGCAGUUUCUCCCAUCUCUGUGCUCAGGGAUCCCUCCUGGUAAGACUCGAGGGACAAUUUGGGGUGCCGGGGACUGACCCCAGUUAGACCGCAUGCAAGGAGGGUGCCCUAGUCACUGCACUGCUGCUCUGCCCUUUCAGAGGCUUUGUUGGGGAGUGGGGCUUCCUGAUAUCAGAGGUUGUCAGUUUGGGGCUAUACCCAGCCAUGUUCAGGGCUGACUUCUGGCCUUUUGCUCAGGGAUCACCACUCCUGGCGGUGCUCAGAGACCAUAUGCAGUGCCAGGGGUGGAACUGGGGUUGGCGCUGUGCUAGGAGCGGCUAUGAGGCGGCAGCUCAGCACUUCAGCCCGGAAGAUCUGGAUGUCCAGGUUUCUGGAAGAGCCUUCUUGGUCACGGGUGCGAACAGCGGCCUGGGGAAAGCCACAGCCCUGGAGAUAGCCAAGCGAGGUGGCACAGUGCACCUGGUCUGCCGAGAUGCUGCGCGCUCCGAAGCUGCCCAAACUGAGAUCCUCAGGGAGAGCGGGAACCAGAACAUCUUUCUACACAUUGUGGACUUAUCUGAUCCCAAGGAAAUCUGGAAGUUUGUUGAGAAUUUCAAGCAGGAGCAUACGCUCAAUGUUCUGAUUAAUAAUGCAGGCUGCAUGGUCAACAAAAGAGAGAUUACAGAAGAUGGACUUGAAAAAAACUUUGCUACCAACACUUUAGGUAUCUACAUCCUCACCGUCGCCCUGAUCCCCGUGCUGGAGAAGGCGCAGGACCCCAGAGUGGUGACAGUGUCCUCUGGGGGAAUGCUGGUGCAGAAGUUGAGCACCCUCGACCUGCAGUGGGAGCGGGCGGCCUUCGACGGCACCAUGGUCUACGCGCAGAACAAGAUGCUGUGGAAACGCCCCCUGCUGAGUGCCCUCCACCCUCCGCAGCGGCAGCAGGUGGUCAUGACGGAGCAGUGGGCCCGUGUGCACCCCACCAUCCACUUCUCGGCCAUGCACCCUGGCUGGGCUGACACCCCAGUCCCGUCCUCCCCAUGCCCCAUCCUCCCCGUGUCCCAUCUUCCCCACUGGUGCCCCGUCUUCAUUUGCCCCCGCCCCUCCCCGUGUCCACGUCUUCCUCCCUGCAGGCGUGAGGCAGGCCAUGCCGGGGUUCCACGCCAGGUUCAAGGACAGGCUGCGCACGGCGGCGCAGGGGGCGGACACUGUGCUGUGGCUGGCGCUGGCUGCCGCCGCCUCCAAGCAGCCCAGCGGCCUCUUCUUCCAAGAUCGGAAACCAGUUCCCAAACACUUGCCGCUUGCAAGAACCUCCUCCUCGCCGGCGGAAGAGGAGAGACUCAUGGAAAUCCUGGACGAGAUGGCUCAGAGGUUUAGAUAGGCCAGGCCAGCACAGGGCAGCGCCCGGGCCUCGGGGAACCGGGAGCAGCAGCACUGGGCAGGUGCCUCCUUUGCUGAGAGGAGCCGGAAGCAUCUCCCAUCCCGACUGGUUCCUCCAGCCAUCAUUUUCUUAGCGAUCCCUUCUCUAUUCCAUCUGCCUUCUCCCCUCCGCCCGUGAAGCAGCCUUCCAGCUAUGGGGCAAUCCCCCUGGGAGACGUGUGCCGAAAGUAGAUAAUGGAUCAUGAUGACCUCUCAGUGUCUGUGUUGCAAGCCAUAAUGCCCAGAAGUAGAGAGAGAGUAUGGGGAAUAUUGUCUGCCAUGGAGGCAGGGGAAGGUGGGAAAGGGGGGCAUACCUGGGAUAUUGGUGAUGGGGAAUGUGCACUGGUGGAGGGAUGGUGCUUGAUCAUUGUGUGGUUGUAACCCAAACAUGAAAGCUUGUAACUAUUUCACGCUGAUUCAAUAACAUUUAAAAAAUAAAAAAUAAA